UGCUGCCGUGUCUUUGAUUGGAGGGAAACCCCGUGGAUGAGCGGGAGAGAUCAUCAGCUGUGCGGCCGGGAAUCAGGAACAACACCGUCUAACGACACUCGCAGUCAUGGCAGACAGAGAGGAGCUGGUACAGAAGGCCAAACUGGCCGAGCAGGCUGAGCGCUACGAGGACAUGGCUGCAGCCAUGAAGGCUGUCACAGAGCUGAACCAGGAGCUCAACAACGAGGAGCGCAAUCUGCUCUCUGUUGCCUACAAGAAUGUGGUCGGAGCUCGAAGGUCCUCCUGGAGGGUGAUCUCCAGCAUCGAGCAGAAGGCUGAAGCCGAAAAGAAGGCUGAAGCCGAAAAGACGCCUGAAAGCGAAAAGAAGGCCACGCUGGUCAAGGAGUACAGAGAGAAGAUCGAGGGGGAGCUCAAAGAGAUCUGCCAGGAAGUUCGGGACCUGCUCGACAAAUAUCUGAUCCCCAAAGCAUCGGGCGCAGAGGGCAAAGUCUUCUACCUGAAGAUGAAGGGAGACUACUUCCGCUACCUGGCUGAGGUGGCUACCGGAGACGAGAGGAACGAGAUUGUUAAGAACUCACAAGGUGGCUACCAGGAUGCCUAUGACAUCAGCCUAAAGGAAAUGGAGGCUACACAUCCCAUCCGCCUGGGCCUUGCGCUGAACUUCUCCGUCUUCUACUACGAGAUUGCAAACCUGCCUGAGGAGGCUUGCAAACUGGCCAAGACGGCCUUUGAUGAUGCCAUCGCCAAGCUGGACUCACUCAACACUGAAUCUUACAAAGACAGCACCUUGAUCAUGCAGCUGCUCCGUGACAACCUGACCCUGUGGAUGUCGGACCCAAGCGGUGAGGGCGGGAUUGAGGUAGAAGAGGGGGAGCAGCCAGCUGAAGACAAGAACUGAACUUCAGAGGAGAAAAGAAACCCCAGUUUUCUUUCCUUUUUUUUUUUUUUUUU